UUGUGUAAACAGGUUUGGGUCAAUGUUCAGCUUUCAGGGCAAAGUUUCUAGCAUUUUUGUUGCACUGCAGAAGGUAAGCACUUAACGUUUUGUGAAAAAAGUCAUUCAUUUUUAGUAACUGGAUUACUUAAUAGUAAUAAUGUGCUAUUGACCUUUUAUUAGAUCACACUGUCACUGUCAUGUCUUUUCUUUAAACUCCCUUUACUGUCCUUUUCCUCUAAUGUACUUUAUGGUUGCUUUAAUGUACCCAUGUUUGAGAUUUGUUCAUUUUAGAUGUAACUAUGUGGAAGUUUUUUUUUAUCUAGGCUACUGUAUAUAAGUAUACCUUUAAAACAUUUUGAGCAAACCUGUGUUUGUCUUAUAUUUUGUCUCAUGGAGUCAAACUUUCUUGUGAUUUCUUUAAGAGUUUCUCAGUAAAUUCCUUUCCAGGAAUUUUCUGAAAAAUCCAUUUGUCUUUAGACAUGGCUACUUUAACACAUAUUCAGUCUAGUCCUGAUACCUUAAGCUUAUAUUUUAGUAGGGUUGAAACUGUUGGAGACUGGUUAGAGACAAAAAAAAACUGCCAUAAAAUGUUGAAAUCUUUACUGAGAUGGUAUUAAUGAGAAAUUUCCUUAAUAUGUACGUAACUGCAAAUUGUGACAUUUAAUAAAAUGUUCAGUGAAUUUGCCACAAUUUAGUUGUUUUUUAAUCAUGUCUUAAUUUGAUUAUAAUUUAUUGUCUUUUUUCCAUCUGCAGUCAAUCACAAUUUUGUUUCCAAACUCUCUCAAACUUCUGUCUUAGGCCUUCUUCUUUCUGACUCACAGGAAGUAAAUUGAGCAGAGACAGAUUCCAGACUUUGACUAUUUUGAAAUUUAAUUUUGCAAUAUAUUCAAAAUCCUCUUUAAAGUAUGGCUUUGUGAGUCACAUGAAGAAAGUGAUAACCCUCACAAAUGUUCAGAUAUUUUGAAAUUUCUUCACAAAUUCCGUUUGCAAUUUUGUGCUAGCAUCUGCAGCCCAAUGAAAUACAGGCUUUACCAUUACCAGAGGAAUUAAUGUUGUUUGUGGCCACUUAACGGUAAUUAAUUUAUGGAUGAGUCAGUGAUGUAUCUCUGCAGAAAACUAAUAUAUUUAGUAUAUAGUGUCUGUGUGUGACUAAGUGGUACAAAACAAAAGGACUUCUGUUCUAGUAUUGGGGUGUCUGAUGAGAGUGCCUCCAAAAAGGGGUCAGGAUGGUGGGACUUAGUGCCAACUGACUGAAUCAAAAGAAACUCCUCACAAUAGCUGAAUAAACCUUGUGCCUGGACGUGGAAGAAAACACAUUGAAGGAUACUAUUCAGAAACUCAAACAUUUUCUUUUAAAGAACUUGAGGUAAAAUUGCUAAACUUAUCCUUUUUUCCAUUUUCCAAUCGUAAAAUAUGUCUGUUGAAACAGAACAGUAAUCUUUUUAAAAACUGUUAGUAACUUCAAGUGAAGUUUGUGUUAGCCAAGAAUAUAUUUGUAUCACUUGAGAACUGUUUAAUGUUUGUUUUCUUUAACAAUAAAUGACUUUUCUCAAUGUGAACUGUUUAAACUCUUAGUUUAAAAGCUCAAGCAGUUUUGUAAAUGACUACAAACCUGGAGGGAGGAAUUUUAAGACCCAGACAGUCACAAUGUUGGCCUUUUGCUGUGAAACAAAUGCUGAUUUACUCAAACUGAUUAACAGAAGGUCUGAUACUGAUGAAAAUUCAAAGUCUGCAUGUCAUCAGGGUUUUCAAAAUAAACUGAACAGAAUGAGGACGCUGAGAAGAGUCAGUGUGCUCAUAAGAAAAGGAGUUCGAACUUAUCAGAACACAUUGCACAACAAGGAUCUCUUUUAUAGAAUUCAUCCGUCUGUGUCUCAGGCGUUGGUGCAAAACAAGCCAGUGGUCGCACUGGAGAGCACCAUUAUCACACAUGGCAUGCCCUACCCACACAACCUGAGAACUGCAAAAGAGGUGGAGGAGAUUGUCCGAGCUGAAGGAGCGAUUCCUGCCACCAUCGCUGUGAUUGAUGGGGAAAUCUGUGUUGGACUGUCGUUGGAUGAGCUCAGCCACCUAGCCAAAUCCAAGAACCUGCUGAAGGUGUCACGACGUGAUCUGCCUUAUGUCAUUAGCAAAGGUCUCUCUGGGGGAACGACAGUCUCAGCCACCAUGAUCGCAGCACACAGAGCAGGGAUCCCUGUUUUUGUCACAGGAGGCAUUGGAGGAGUUCACAGAGAUGGACAGAACAGUCUGGACAUCAGUGCAGAUCUGACUGAGCUUGGCAGAACUCCCAUCGCUGUGGUUUCUGCUGGAGUUAAGUCUAUUCUGGACAUUGGCCGCACCCUGGAGUUCCUUGAGACUCAAGGGGUCUGUGUGGCGAGUUAUGGAGCAUCAAAGAAUUUUCCAGCUUUUUUUACUCCGAACAGUGGAUUCACCUCUGCGUACAAUGUUCAAAACCCUAGUGAGGCUGCAAAACUCAUUGCUGGCACUUUGUCCCUGGGACUUCGAAGUGGUGUACUGAUAGCAGUGCCUGUCCCUGAAGAGCAUGCAGCAGUAGGACAGCAGAUAGCGGAAGCUAUACAGGUGGCAGUGACUGAGGCGAGUUCUAAAAGGGUUUCGGGUAAAGAUGUAACACCGUUCAUUCUUCAAAAGGUCAAUGAGUUGACUCUUGGGAAGUCCCUUCAGACUAACAUUGCUCUCAUUCAUAACAAUGCUAAAGUUGGCAGUCAGAUAGCAUGUGCACUUUCAGAACAAAUGAGAGGACAGUCAAAAUGUCUAAUCAAUCAUCCUGAAACCCUCUCAGCAGACCCUGAUGUUGUUGUUAUUGGAGGAAUAAAUGUUGAUUUUAUUGCUAAAGGAAAGACUAAAACUUUCCAUCUUAGACAAACCAACCCAGGAAAUGUCUGUCAGGCAUUUGGCGGUGUCGGUCGAAACAUUGCAGACUCUCUGAGCAGAUUAGGCCGUAAGCCCUUGUUUGUCUCAGCUACUGGAGCAGAUGCAAACAGUGAUGCCGUGUUAAACUACUGUAAGCACAUGAACAUGAGUGGUGUGACCAGGCUAGAAAAGCAGAGCACAGCAACUUACUGUGCUGUUAUCACUGAAAGUGGAGAACUGACUCUUGGACUGGGAGACAUGGACAUUCAUACGCAAAUCACUGAGAGUUAUGUGUCUAAGUUUGAAAAACAGAUUUCAUCAGCCACUCUUGUGUGUCUUGAUGGAAACAUCCCCACCUCCACCAUCAAUUAUGUUUGCUCUAUUGCAAGAAAGCACAAUGUAAAUGUUUGGUAUGAACCUACAGAUGUGGAAAAGGCUCGUAAACCUUUCCUCUCAGAUGCCUGGAAGUCUUUGUCCUAUUCGUCCCCAAAUCUAGCUGAGUUGCGCUUCAUGAAUAAAACCUUGGGAAUCCAAACUCCUGAAGUGCUGCCGAGCACCCUGGAUGAGAUCCUGAGUGUUGCUGUGGCUCUCUCACGCCCUCUUCUGGAGCAUCUGCACUGUCUGGUGGUGACUCUUGGGCCCAAUGGUGUUCUGCUGUGUGGAGAGCAGGAAGCAGGUUCUAUUAACUUGCAGCCAAGAAAACUCAAAAAGAAGAGGCAUGUUUGUGCUCUACAUUACCCAGCACUGACUGUGGCCCCAGAAGAAACUAUAAAUGUGUCAGGAGCAGGAGAUAGUCUUGCAGGCGCUUUGAUGGCUGGGAUUCUCCAGGGGAAAGACACAGACACCUGUGUUCGGAUGGGCCUCCUGGCUGCAAAGACGUCCCUUUUAUCACGGCACCCCAUCUCUCCCACGCUUACUUUAGAGUCUGUGGAUCCCAACGAAAUCCAAACUCACAAGUGGCCCAAACCAAGCUUUGUUAAUGUUUAAGCUUUAUUUAGUGUUAUUUACCCUAAAAAAAAUACAAAUUAACUAAAUUACCAUUAUGUGAUUUUACGGCUUUGUAAAUGAGUGUAAGACCUUCUGUUUCUUAGAACUAUACUUUUUAUUAUCAUCGCCCACUGCCAAAAUGUUAAAAGUAUUAUUUUUGUCUGUGUGUUUGCUUGUGUGUCAUUCUGUUAGCAAAAUACCUCAUGAACCUGGACAUUUUUUUUUAAUGUAACUUGCAAUAAAAUCAUUUGAUGUACGCCUACAA